AUUAUUAUUAUAAAAAAAAAAUAAAUGCAAUUCUGGUACCUGCCUUGUUAGCAGAAGCAGUGAGCACACCAAGAAAUGCCAGCUGAGCCUGAGAAAUGCGUUUGCUCAGCUCAGGCCAGCGCAGCCUGGCCUCCCCCGUCGUGUCCGUCUGCUGUGCCGGAGCAGCACUGACUCAGUGCGGGCUCCUUAGGGUAGAAAUCACGUGUCAAUGUGCAGUGCUGAGCACGGCAGCGCUUAAUCCUAUUUCAGUGUCUGAUGAUGCUGACCACGAAAGUAAGGAAGUACAGUUGAGCUGCUUUUGAUGUGGAAGGUACCAAGCAAUUUUUGCAAUGCGUGUUUGCUAAUGAUUCAGUCUUUGGAUGAAGGCUGUUCUAGACAUGGCUCCUGAAUCUUUUUCUGUGGAAAGUAAUUACUGAUAAGCAUGACUUGACAGGAAUCCCUGUUCUGUGCAACAGGAGGGAGGAGUAAGCAUGAGAACUGACUUUCAUUGACCUCUAAGCCCUAAGCUGAAGUAGCGCAUUGAGAAUUGCGAUGAGUUUCUGGCUCUGAAAGAGGUCUCCGAACUUACUAAUUGUAUAGCUGGCUGUAAGACAGCUUGACAUACAGAUAGUGGCUGCCUAAUAGCUUCUGGUAAGUCACAGAAGGAAGGCUGCGGAUAUGAUUCUUUAUCUGCCUCUGUAUGUUGCUUUUCAGAUUUGUAACAGUGUAGACUGAAUUGAAAAAUUCUUCCUUCAAAGUAAUUGAAUAACAUAUUAGCCAAGCUCUGCCUUCCUUGUCUGACCAAGAGGUGUAUAUAUAUCUGUCUGUGUUUCUAGGUUACUCACUUUCGGGUACAGUUGUUAAAUUACAAGUACCUGAACUGGAGAUUCCCUCUUCAGUUGUUAAGUUGUGGGGUUUUGAUGGCUGAAUCAUAUUUAGAUUGGCAAACACAGCUGCUGCCAUGUCAACACUUAAUUAUUUCCCUCUGGAUGUUUUCUUUGUCACUUAUGUUAACAUGGGUUUGCACACAGAUCUCCCUUUCUUCUGCCUUCCAAUGUAAUGCAUGAACUGGGAAUUAAGGAGAUUUUUCUUUUCUGCUUUCCAUAAGAGCAACUUUUUAAGCAAUCCUUCAGAUUCUGCCCACAUGUUGGCUGAGCUGACACCUAAAAAACCAUCAUGGCAAAAAAGUGUAGUAUGUGGUGCUGCAGUUGUCAUGCAGAGCAUGUAUUUAACCGGUGUUCUUAGAAUGAAGACAGUAACAAUACAAAAUAGUAAAGGUGAGAAACUAAUCCUUGUUUGUACCAGUGUUUAUGACUAUUCUGUGUUUACUGUAAUUACACCUGUUGGAUUUCAGUAAUGACUUUGUGUUGCCAUUAGAAAAACCUGAAGCAUUGGGCUUUCUGGCCAUUCAUUGCAUCCUCUGAUUAAUACUUUUAGGGUAGAAGUCUGCAAUGUUUCCCUGGCUGAAUGUAGUCAUAUUCUUUCCUCAUCUUAAUUUCUGCCAAUUAUGCUGUUACUGCUUAUGAUGAUACUGCAAAGAUUUUAUUCUCACAAGUGUUAUCUGUUGUGACCAUCACUUAGGUCACUUUUAGGUCACCUCUCUCUGAUCUGACUGAUACCAGUUUUGUGAUUCUGAAGGCUUUUCCUAGUCACAGUGUAUGCAUUUUUACUGUUCUGAUUUUAGUCUCUUCCAUUUUCUUAUAGUUGCUGGUGAAAAUGAAUGAAGCUCCUGGUCUUAAUGGUUCCCAUAAAGAACAACUUACAUGUUUACUUCUUUCUGCACAGAGAGUAGCUGAAACCACAGACGAGACAGUUUCUGAACAGCUUGUCAAUCACCAACAGAACCGUCUAUGCAGGAGACUUUAUCCUCUCAGUGCACAAGACCAUCUGUGUCACUGUUAAUUCUCUGUUACAGAAGGUUAAGUCCUGCCCUUCAAGUUUUUACAUGAGCAGAAUCUGACACCAGACUCAUGUGAGCUUGCCACAUCUUGCCUCAUGGAAUUGCUCAGACUCUUAUUGCUGUGAAAGAGGAGGAGAUUUGGAUUCUUCAUAGUUAGCACUGAGAAACUACCCACUCACUGAAUUUCCCUGGGAUGCAGAUCAUGCCACUGGACUGCAUUUGGGUGAAGGAUGAGUUCUGCGUUUCUCUCAGGAGUCUUCCAACACAUUUUCUUAAUUACCUUUUAAUGGUGUUCUAAGUGAGCUUAUGUGAAACAAAUGGUAUUGCAUCAUGAGUGAAGAAAAAAGCCUUGGUGCAUCCCAGAAAAUGUUGUCUCCUUCAAGAAGUACUAGCAGCUGUUCCUCCAAGCAGGGAAGUCGACAGCAGGACAGCUGGGAAAUUGUAGAAGGACUCCGGGGAGCAAUGAAUUGUACCCAGGAGCCCCAGAAGCAGGAGGGCUGCUUGCUGAAAAAGAGGAAAUGGCCUUUGAAGGGCUGGCACAAGAGAUACUUCUUUUUGGACAGAGGGAUUUUGAAGUAUUCCAAAUGCCAAGGUGAUAUAGAGAGAGGGAAGCUUCAUGGCUGUAUUGAUGUUGGACUUUCUGUCAUGUCUGUAAAGAAAUCAACAAAAUGUAUAGAUUUGGAUACAGAAGAGCAGAUAUACCAUCUGAAGGUGAAAUCUCAGGAACUGUUUGAUGAAUGGGUAGCGAAACUUCGUCACCACAGAAUGUACCGUCAGAACGAAAUCUCCAUGUUUCCUCAUGACGUCAAUAAUAUUUUCUUCCCUGUGUCUACUACUGCGGACUCUUUCCCUGGUUUCUAUGAUUCUACUCCGGGUAGAAAGGCAGGCGGCUUGACCAAACAGAAUUCGUUGUCAGCUGGAGGUAACUUGUCAUUUUCCUUUUCGAGUAAUGAGUCCAGGAUUUCAUCUUGGCUACAGUCUUCUGAAGACAUGGAAAAAUGUUCAAGAGACCUCUCGAACUGUCACACAUAUUUACUGGAAAUGAACCAGCUGUUACAGAGCAUGGAUGUUCUUCACAGGACGUAUUCAGCGCCUGCUAUAAAUGCUAUGCAGGUUGGACCUUUUGAAAGCCCAAAGAAGGAAAAGAGAACACACAGGAGGUGGCGGUCCAGGGUUGUUGGGAAAGAGGCUAAAGGAAUGCUACAGGUGCCUUCAGUAUUUUCUGCCCCUAUGAGACUGCAUGCUUCCAAUCCUAACUUAUCAACAAUAGAUUUUGUAGAGGAGAAAAAUUACUCCGAUGGCUCUGAAACAUCAUCAGAAUUUACUAAAAUGCAAGAGGACUUAUUUCACAUUGCACAUAAAGUUUACUUCACCUUGAGGUCAGCAUUCAGCACCAUAUCUACAGAGAGAGAAAAGCUGAAGCAGAUGCUGGAGCACGAUGCAUCUUCCUCUCCAUCUGCACAAAUAGUUGGCUUGAAGAAUGCCUUAACAUCUGCAAUAGCACAAAACACAGAUCUUAAAGACCGGUUACGCAGAAUACAUGCCGAGUCUAUGAUCCUUGAUUCAGCAUCUAAUGCAAAAUCAAGUCCAGAUUUGGUGAAGGAAAAUUCAAGAGAAGAAAGCAGAGGUCUGGUUCACCAGGUCUCCAAUGAAAGCAGACUGUCUCUUGCUGACUCUCUCACAGAAUUUUUUGAUGCACAGGAAGUCCUGCUGUCUGCUAGCUCUUCAGAAAAUGAGGUAUCAGAUGAUGACUCAUACGUAAGUGAUAUCAGUGACAAUGUCUCAGAAGAUAACCUAAGCAAUGACAUAGAGAAUGAACGACAAACUUUAGACUGUAUUUCUGAAAGUGGAAUGGGAUGCAAUUCUAAACGGAGAACAUGUUUACCCGCUCCGUGUCCUAACACGAGCAACAUCAGCCUGUGGAAUAUCCUGAGAAACAACAUAGGAAAGGAUCUCUCCAAAGUGGCCAUGCCUGUUGAAUUAAAUGAGCCACUUAACACCCUUCAGCGUCUGUGCGAGGAGCUGGAGUACAGUGAACUACUAGAUAAAGCAGCGCAUACGCCUAACCCAUUUGAACGGAUGGUGUAUAUAGCUGCAUUUGCAGUCUCUGCAUAUGCAUCCAGUUACUACCGAGCUGGAAGUAAACCAUUUAAUCCUGUGCUUGGAGAAACCUAUGAAUGUAUUCGUGAAGAUAAGGGUUUCCAGUUCUUUGCGGAACAGGUCAGUCACCAUCCACCUAUUUCUGCAUGCCAUGCUGAAUCUGUGAAUUUUGCUUUUUGGCAAGAUGUAAGAUGGAAAAACAAAUUCUGGGGAAAGUCCAUGGAAAUUGUUCCAGUUGGUACAACACACGUAACUCUUCCAGCUUUUAAAGACCAUUUUGCAUGGAACAAGGUGACAUCUUGCAUCCAUAACAUCUUAAGUGGGCAAAGAUGGAUCGAACACUAUGGAGAGAUCAUCAUCAAAAAUCUUAACGAUGACACUUGCCACUGCAAACUGACUUUCAUAAAGGCCAAGUAUUGGAAUCCAAAUGCACAUGAGAUUGAAGGCAGCGUCAUGGAUAAAGCCGGGAAAGUUGUGCAUCGACUCUUUGGGAAGUGGCAUGAAAGCUUAUACUGUGGGACAACUUCAUCUUCAAACUGCAUAUGGAGAGCAAAUCCAAUGCCUAAAGGUUAUGAACAGUGGUACGGAUUUACGCAAUUUGCACUGGAGUUAAAUGAGCUGGACCCGCAAACUAGGUCAUUACUCCCCUCCACUGAUACACGUUUUAGGCCAGACCAAAGGUUUCUAGAAGAAGGGAAUAUUGAGGGAGCUGAAAUGCAAAAGCAGAGAAUCGAGCAGCUACAGAGAGAACGACGGAAGGUGCUGGAAGAAAACAAUCUGGAGCAUCAGCCUAGAUUUUUCAGGAAAUCCAGUGAUGACUCCUGGGUGAGCAAUGGAACCUACAUGGACCUUAGAAAAGAACCUGGUUUUUCCAAACUGGACAAUCCUGUCCUCUGGUGAAAGAGGAGCUACAUGAAGAUAUUCUGUGCUGUAUUCUCAGAUCUGAUUUAAAAGAAGUAUAUGUAAAAUGUAUCUAUAUAUAUAAACAUAUAUAUAUAUAUAUAUAUAUAUACACGCAUAUACGUGUGGGGCGUGUGUAUGUGUGCAAGUGUGCAUAUCUCCAGAAUUGUGCUUAAUUUAGAAUCUGAUAAUUCUUUUCUUUAUUCUGACUAUUGCCGUGAUUGUUUGAAUGUAUAAAUACGCUGACUUCUUUUUAUAAAAUAUUUAAUAAAUAGGACUGAAUGUUAUCAGCGAGAAGGAAAAGAGGAGCUUUUACACUACUUUUCCAAUGUGUAAUAAUGUCAGUUCUGAGUUAACUUAUGCCUUACUGAAUUGCAUUGGAGACAGUAGCAUCAGCAUCUCCUAAGCUGUGCUGAGAAAUCAGAGUGCAAGCCUUAGUAACUCAAACUGUAAGUAGGCUUCCACAGUUCAACGAGUAGUUCAGCUGACUCUGGGCUGGUAUAAAUUGCUAAAACAGAUUUAUCAGCUGGUGCUGGAAUCUGAGUAUGAUCUGUUGCUGCCUGUAGAAAAGAUUUAAAUAAGCUUUUGUUUCUGUUAGCUUUCUUUUUAGCAUUAUGGAAGAGGUAGUUCUGAGCUCACAUCAGUGGUUCUGCUGCCUUAUACAUAAAUUGUACCCAGCUAAAUGUAGUGCUAGAAAUUCAGGAAUCGCCAAAAUUUUCUGCUGGGAAUCUUCAGAUUUAUAGCCCCCAACAGGGCAAGAGGAGGGAGGAGAUCCUUUGUAUAUACUGCUUGAGCACUGACUAGAUGAAGACGCUCUCUCUUUUCCCAGUAAGUAAAACCUAUACAGAGCACGAAAUCCUGUGCUUCCACAGCUUCAUUUGUCUUUAUUAACCUAAAAAUUGCAACAGUAAGACUUUCUAAAAAGUAAGCAAACUGAUUGUUUUAAGCUAGAAAUUUUUUCUUAGUAUUUUGAUAUUUUCUACCUCUUAAGAAAUAAACAGCAUAUUUAAGAUCUUAUAUUUAAAAAAUGACCAUCUGCCUUAUGGAGAAAUGUAUGGAGUCUUUGAUCUUCCUCUGUUGGUUUGUUAUGUUCAGAUAAAUAUUCAAGUGUCUUGCACUAAAUCAAUUGCAUCUCUUUCCUGUAAUUUUAUACAUAUGUCUAGAUCUGUGAAACUACUAAACCAUAGGUCAGAAAUUUAGCAGAAAACAAAUGUAGCACUUUUGAAUGAAGAUUAUAGAGGUGUGCAGUAUUUUUUUUUUCCAUCAAAUCAUAAUGUCAUAAUCAUUAACAGAAUAAUUUGCAUUCUUACCUAUCUGCAACUCAAGCCUGACCUAGGAUUCUUCAAGUCUGUUCCAUGUGUCUGUGACACUGGCAACAAUAUGGUUUCCAAGUUACAGAUCUAUAUGUCACCACCACACGCCCCCCCUCCCCCCUUUUUUUUUUCUUACAUGCCACUUUAAUGGCACAAAAUAAACCCAAAUGUUGUUGGGAUGUUUAACUGGCUUAUGACUGGAACAGUUGGACAGGCAUGGGUAAGGGAGACUCCUGGAGGGACUAGUAGCUUAGAAAAGCUUGCACUUUACUGUGUGCUGCGUUGUUCUAAACAAAACCUAUUAAAACCAGAUCUAUGUAUUAUAUGUAACAUGAAGGAAAUACUCUGAAUGCUUCCAUUUUAAACCAAAUCUGUCAGAAUAGAUGUGUAUGUGAAUUCUGCUUUUUGUUACGUUGAAGCCCCAUUGUUGUGGAGGCAGACAGAUGCUGUUUUCACCAUUUUUCACUUUGCCCAGGAACUCAGUAUCAUUUCCGUAAUUUAUAACCAAAGAAGUUAGCAUAAUUCUUUCUUUUAUAUGUGUCUUUUAAAGACUUGACUACCACGCCAGCAGCUUACAACAAGACAAGGUUCACGUCAACAUGAAGACAAAAUCUGGGCUUUGAUUCCAAAGGAAAUCUCAACCUUUGGGAGCUGUUUGACUUUACAAGGAAAGUGAGGAUCUUUCAUGGCUUGUUCCCAUCCUGUGUUUUAUUCUUGUAUUAACUGGCAAAACUUGGCACAGAAAUGAGUUGAUAUUUGUACUUAACUUUGUUGUUGGUAAUUAUCAUUUGUACUAAAAAUAACAUUCAUUUAACAACAAAAGAGGGUAGGGGAAAUAAUUAAAAAGAAAAAGAAAGCUUUCCAGAAAGGGAGGAAAAUUUGUGGAGGAUGCAUUAAACUUGCUUAACAUCAUAUUUGGCAGCUACUGUGUUUACUGUCUAUCUGAUUGCUGGGUUUGUAUUUUCUACAUAUGGAGAGGAUUUUCCCCAUACUUUGUCAUAUGACCUAAUAGUUGAUAGCAUCUGAAAUUUAAAGGAUGGAGACCAAAAGACGAAGUUAAAAAAACUGUAAUGCAUUAAACUCAGCAGAUAUUUAAUGAAACUAAUCUCAUUUUGGGUGCAUGAGUCAUGAUUUUUGAGAACUCAAACUGGCAGUGUUGCCUUCUAUUUUACAAUCUAAAACGUCUAAAAUACAUUUGACUAAUGACGAGAAGCAUCGGGCAGAAGAGUGCCUUAUACAAAACUUUCUUCAGCAAAAUUUCUAUGUAAAGAAGGUAAACUUCAGUAUUUUAUCAUUGUCUUGAGAAAAACAAUACCUGAGAAUAAUCCAGGGCAUUUCUUAAAUACAUGAAGCAAAGUUUCCUGUUGUAAAUCUCUGAUAUGCACCUGCAAACCUGGUGUAACCAGUUGUGAAUGAUCUCAUGUUUCCAGCUGCAGGUAUGGUUGGCCCUGCUUACUUUUGUACGAAACAGUUUGGUUUAGUUGUUAAACUUCUAUCAGCUGUAUAUUAAGAAGUGGAAGAAAAUUGUCUCGAUGUUACUUCUGUGUAUUUCUGCAUACAAAUAUAUUCAUAAUUCACAAACCUUAAUAUACCCUAUACAGUUAUUCUUGGUAAAAUAUGAAAUUUUGGUAAUUUUCUUCUCCAAAACUUCACAUGUGUUAAUGGGUGCAGAAUGUACAUUAGCUUUCUGCAAUAUAUCUUAAGACAGCUGUUGUUUAUAAUAACUGACAUGGAGGGACUUUUUUCCCCCAUUUCCACCCUGAAUGGUAAAAAGAACUUACUAGGCAAUUUACUGGCUCCUUUCUUGCCCAGCGAUGAUCCCAAAGUUGUUGAGCUCAAAGGAUCACUCUUAAAAUUUCCUGAUGACCAUUGCCUGCUAUGAUAGCUCUUUAUUUGAUGACUCUAUAAAUAUUACUUAAUAUCAUUUUGGAGUGCACUUUGAGAAGCACUCAUCUAGCACUGCCUUCCUUUGUGUUCCAAUUCACAAAGUCAGAAACUCACUAUAAACUUAUGUUGAGAUGAUGGAGGAGCUCAGGCCUUUGGGUAUUAACACACUGGCUCGGUUUUCAACUUGCACAGCAAAGAAAGAAAAAAAAAUCCAGGGAAAUUACGUUUAUAGAAACAGAAACCCACAGCUCUGCUUCCAGAUUUGCAGUUUCUGAUUUUCAUGCAGUGUAAGUUUGGGUUUACGAAACAACAUAACUUGUUUAGGAGGCUACUCCUGACAGUGAAAAGAGCCCUUUAGAGUGAGCGGAACUGGAAAGCACCAUUAACCAUUGUAUCUCUUUCUUAAUCUCUGUUCUCUGAGACUUGCUUUAUAUGUUAGUUCGCCAGCACGUAUCCACUUCUUGUAGAUGCUUUUUGAAAUACAGAUCCAGCAAAGUACUUAGGUUCUUUAUACAAAGCUUGGAAAAUUAGAUGCAUGGAAGAAGAAUGAAAACAGCCAAAAUUUUGAGAGGGAAACAUCCUAGAAAUAUUUUCUUUUACCACCACGUUUUCUUUGGAGGACUGGAAGCAGGAUUGCUGCUUUCUUUUAAAACUUGGCUCCUGAAGGAGGUUGUGGUUGCAGACAUAGUCACCUUAUCAUUUGGCAGUUUAGUGUUGACGCCAGAUCACUGUCUGGAAAGGAACACAAAUUUGUGGGGCCAGAACAUACAACUGGGGACAACUUUGGAGUUGCAUGAAGGUCCAGUGCUGGUCCCAAAACAAAACAACACCCAAAACCCAACCUUAUGAAAAACCGCACCCCUUCCCAUGUUGCCUGCUUUCUCUCAGCUGUUUACGGUUCUGUUUGUUUUUUUUCUGUGGCCCCUCAUAUCUGAAAGUCUUUAUUCAGUGUCCCAUUUUCUCUUUAAAGACAGACAUUCUGAAGAACAGGAAAACAGUUCAUUCUAACAAAUUUUUAAAUGAGAAAUCAUGCCUAAAAGCUGCAGUUAAAACUAAAAAAAACCCAACACAUUGUGGCCUACUUCUGUGUGUUUUCCUUGACUGUGAACAAGACUUCUUUUCCACUUGCACUCUGGAGUCAGACCACAGCCUGGUAAGGGUGGCUAGGGAAAUGUGCAGCUACAUCUGCUCAGCACACUCCUAAUUGAUGUUCUUACAUCUGCUUUUGUGGAAAUCUCUACUGUCAUCUCUCUAGAUGACCAGCUUUGCAGAGCAGGACACUUUCAGCAUUUGUUAUUUUGUCAAUACAAUUCUGUGUUUGUGUGUGUACAACUCGUACAGGGGGAGCAGGCUGAAGAGGAGUGUGAAACUUUGCCCACAGCGCAUAUAUAACAGAGAGAAGGAUGAAAUCCAGCUUCUCCACACAGCUGAAUACAUCUUGCAAGGGCUAGAAUCAGAUGGUGCUAUUCAGAGGAGUGAAGUUAAGAUGGAAGGGAUUUUUUUUUCUCGUUAGGUGUGUUUUCAUUCAUGGAUUAUGUCUACUAUAAAUAAAUUUUGCAAUAUUCACUAACUCAUCCUGUUUUUUAGCUACUGGUGGGUACAACUUACUCCAGCAGCAUAAGAAACUGCACAUUAUGUGGUUUAUCUGUUGAAGUUUAGUAAAUGCUGUAACUUAUCACCAUAUGUAUUACUGUACUGCUCAGUUCUUAGAUACUGUUCUUGCUGCGGCUUUUGAAAGCAAUAAGAUAAAUUUUCCACAUAAAUAGUUGCCAUAUGUUAAAAAGUUAUAUUAAGUUGUUCCUUUUUUAUAUAAAUUGUGGAUUUGGUGUUUUCAUUGUCUAAAACAAAACUAUCAAAGCUUAUGAGAAUGUUUGGGAGGCUGACCACAAGAGGUGACGAGCUCCUUCAGCUCCACACCUUUCAGAUGGCUGCUAUCCCUGAGAAUCAGGCAGUCUCCUAUUUAUGUUAACAGUAUUUUACUAGUUCCAGUAUCGGAAACACAUACCACAUAUAUGAGGUAUUACAUAUGCAAAGCUGCUAAAUGCUGGAUUUGUUUGUUUUGAUAGGGCAUUAGUGAUUUCAGAAUGAAGAAAAGUAUCUUAUGUGUUAGAAUUAUCAGUGGCUUUCAGAUUUUGUGAGAAAACUUUCUGUAGUCAGGAUCAUUCCUGUUUUCUGCUUCACUUACUCCAAAAAUUUGUAAUAAUGUUGGAGCACCUUGAUGCACAAUUUGAUUUAUUAUCUUUGUCUCUGUAACCAAUUUAGUUGGAUGUUAAUAAAUCAUACUUGCAAAAGGUCA